AUGUCUGACGCCGGUGGCAAUGCGGCCAGUGCCGAGUCUCCUGGUGCAGCCAAGGCGCACGCUCCCAAGGACCGCAACUGCCCAUACUGCGGCCAGGCUUUCACUUCUUCCUCUCUAGGAAGACACUUGGAUCUAUAUAUCAAGGAGAAGAACCCAAAGCCCGCGGAUGGCGUUCACGAUGUUGAUGCUAUUCGCAAGAUGCGCUCUGGAAUCACUAGAAGACAGCCCAGAGGGUCUCUGGCUGCUCGCCGCGAUGCAUCUACUCCUGGCACCCCGACAGGCUCGACCACUGCCAGAAGAAGCCCUGACGCACGGAACCAAUCCUCUGUGCCCAAGGAUGGACAGUUCAUGGUAGACCAAUCACCCGUCUAUCCCUGGCAACAGCCUAGCUGGGAGGCUACUGGUGUUAUCAAUGAUAUUCCGAGUAAAAAUGGGGACUCAUCCGCCGGCUGGGACGAGAGCACAGAGUCGACUAGACAGUCUGGGGCACAGCAGCAGCGGAAUGCCAGCAGAAUGCUCCAGAAACAACAACUCGACGCGAGACAGAAGUUGACGGACGCCAUGGACACGGCAAGGGCUGCUGAGCUCGCACUCAGAGAGAUACUAGGCUCCUGGAGAGCAGCCAAGCAACAAAUCGAUAUAAACUCUCUUCCGUUCGACUUUGACCCACUGUCUCUCGACUUUCCUGCACUCACACUUCAGUGUCUGCAACCUCCUCCUACAUUGUUCUCGUCAACACCAUUCCCCACGUCUUCUUCAUGGUCCAUACAACCUCCUGCCAAGAAACAGCAUGAUGCAUUGGUUGCUUACUUUCAAGAGGAGUUCAAGAAAUGGAGACAUACCUGUGCUGCUGCUACAACAGCCGCACACGAAGACCUGAGCUAUCCUCCAUUGAAGAAUCACUCGCCAACUGUCGACUUGCGGGAAAGUGUUCAGAAAGCAGAACAGGUCGCUGGCAACCUCGAGAAGCAGGUGAACGAGCACCUGCAGUCCACGUAUGCUGUAUGGGAAUCGCUCCCCGCAUCCCGCCAACAGGAGUUGUGGAUUUUGGAACUGGCCAGAAGUGUUGGUCGGAGACAAAAAGACAACGAGAAGUUGAAGCAAAGUCAACACUCGCUCAAACAGGAAAGCAUCAACCUGCAGUCCCAAAUCGAUCAGCUCAACCGUCUGCAACAGCCAAGGGAGUUCAGAAUUAUGCCGCCAGCCACAAUACCUUUCGACCAAGCUUUUGUUGCCCAUGUCCUGCAUCAGGGGCUCGAGGCGGGUCACAGUGGAGGUAUUGGUUUCAACUUCAACGAUCGUCACGUUGAUACUAUAGAGGUUGUCCAACGAGCCAUCGAGCGAUGGAAAAACGUGAUUAUUUCGUCAAGGUCAACAGGCAUGAGCUCUCAACGCGCUCUGGAUCAGACAACAGCCACUCCUCAGGCUGCUGCCACAUCAGGAUCUUCGGCUUCCUCCGGCCCUAACACGACCACAUUGGCUCCAGCUCCGAAUGCUGCAACGCAGGCUCGAUCCGCGUCGGCCCAGCAGUCGCAGCAGCCCGUACGCCAACCGUCUACGUCCACUAAUAAUGGUUCAUCGAGUGAUGCGCGACCAGGAACGACUGCCCCUGCUUCGACUACAACCGCCAACGACGAAGGUAGCGAUGAAGAUGCAGAUGCCGAGAUGGAAGAUGAUGAAAGCUUCGCGCCUGUUAACGCAACAGCUGUUGCUGCCGCUAAACCCGUUGCCCAACAGUCAUUACAGAAGCUACAGAUCCCACGUACGCGGGAAAAUGCCCAGCGUAACAACGCACAAUUCGCCAUGAAUGGCGCAGGGUCUAUGAAUCCGAAUCAGAGGGUCAAUAUGGGUCGGCCUAUGGCAAACAUGAACGCAGGUGGGAUACAACAAGCUCAGAAUCAGCAGAGGGCCCAGCAGGCGGCUAUCAAGAACGACUACGGAACUGCUGUACAAGGUAUGGGCAACGGAGAUCCCAUGUACAUGGGAGAAGGUUAG